UAGUUGGGGCGGAGCCUUGCGUCCCGUCCCGCGUCCGGCCGCACCCUUCCUCAGGGCUUCAGAGGACUUCUGGUCGCUGCUGCAGCUGCCGGCGAGCUGUCCCUGCUGGCGCCUGCACGGGCGGAGCGGGCCGCACUGCGCUCGGGAGGCCAGCGCGUUCCCAGCCUCCGCCCUGACGCGGGGGCGCAGGGCCCGCGCUUGCGCAGCGCAGGAGGGGCACGAGCAGGGACCCCCGGGCCGGCGCGUGCGCGGACCGAGCCCUGGACCGUGGGCAGGCGCAGGGAUGAGCCUCGCGCCGCUGCAGCCCCACUGAAGAGGCCCCGGGUUCAGAGCUGCGCGGGCCGCCCGCGCUUGGCCAGGCCAUGGCGUUCCUGGCCGGGCCGCGCCUGCUGGACUGGGCCAGCUCGCCGCCGCACCUGCAGUUCAACAAGUUCGUGUUGACCGGCUACCGGCCAGCCAGUAGCGGCUCAGGCUGCCUGCGCAGCCUCUUCUACCUGCACAACGAGCUGGGCAACAUCUACACGCACGGGCUGGCCCUGCUGGGCUUCCUGGUGCUGCUGCCAAUGACCAUGCCCUGGGGUCAGCUGGGCAAGGAUGGCUGGCUGGGGGGCACACACUGUGUGGCCUGCCUGGCACCACCUGCAGGCUCUGUGCUCUAUCAUCUCUUCAUGUGCCAUCAAGGGGGCAGCCCUGUGUACACUCGGCUCCUUGCCCUGGAUAUGUGUGGGGUCUGCCUCGUCAACACCCUCGGGGCCCUGCCUAUCAUCCACUGCACCCUGGCCUGCAGGCCCUGGCUGCGCCCAGCUGCCCUGGUGGGCUACACCAUGCUGUCAGGUGUGGCUGGCUGGAGGGCCCUCACCGCUCCCUCCACCAGUGCCCGUCUUCGAGCUUUUGGUUGGCAGGCUGGUGCCCGCCUCCUGGUGUUUGGAGCCCGGGGAGUGGGACUGGGCUCUGGAGCUCCAGGCUCCCUGCCCUGUUACCUGCGCAUGGAUGCCCUAGCACUGCUUGGGGGGCUAGUGAACGUGGCCCGUCUGCCAGAGCGCUGGGGACCAGGCCGCUUCGACUACUGGGGCAAUUCACACCAGAUCAUGCACCUGCUCAGUGUGGGCUCCAUCCUGCAGCUGCACGCUGGCGUCGUGCCUGACCUGCUCUGGGCCGCCCACCACGCCUGUCCCCCAGACUGAGCCAUGGCCCACACACAGUGCCAGCCUGUCCAGUCUUCUAGGGCCAACACCACCAGGCUUCCCUCCUCCUGCUGGUCUGCAAGGGACUGGCUCCUUGGAUGCCUCCCAGCUGUUCACCCAUUCUUCCCUAUGGACGAGCCUCUCCUCCACCCACACCUCGGAGCUCCAGCUUCCUUCCCCGCCUUCUUCCAGGGCAGUGUCUUCCUGUGCAGCUAGAAGGAAACCGGUCCUUCUAAUGGCCUGUUUAUCCUCUAUGACCUGUGAGGGUUGGACCAGAGGGAUGUUUGGGUCCAUCUAGCUCUGAUGGCUGGAGUCCUGCCAGCCCAGAGCCAUAGCCCCACCCUCCCCCUUCUAAGGUACCUCAUGGGUGGCUGGCCUGGCCACCAGUCCACGAUUCCUCCAUAUUUUGGCCCUGCAUGCCAGCCCAUCCAGCAACCUAAGGCUCACCCACCCCUUCUUCCUCUGUCCAGAAUGGAGUGGGGUUUGGACAGCAGGACUAUCCAUUGAUCCCAGGACCGAGGGGCAGGAAGACUGCUGCUGCUUUUCCCAGGCAACUGGCACAGAUGUGAAGAGUUGAGUGGCCCUGGACCACUGGGCUAAGGGCCCACCCUCCACCUUGAGUGCCAUGUUCUGAAGGCUCAACCUGCCCACCGGGGACACGCCUGCUCAGGAAACCUCUGGUCCACACAGCAUGGGGCCCCAGCUGCAAUGUGCUGGCCUGGGGCUCUGCAGCCAGCCUCAGCCUCAGCCCGUCCCAGGGCCCUCAGACCCUGGGCGAUGUCAAUAAAAUGGGCAGGAAGUGCUGUGUUGCCAUGCAA